UCCAAACUCUUCUUCUUCUUCACCGCUACCAGAGAAAUAAUAUGGAUGCAUUGCAUUGACAUUCUUUUCAUGGACAUGACCAUUUUUAAAAGUUAAAAAAUUCAACAUCCAGUGCUUUUUUUUCUGGGGGGAUACAGGGGUACGCAUAUCCCUAAACAUUUUGUGAAUCUUUGUACUUUUGUCCAUUUACUGUAUUUAUUUUUCCUAAUCAGAACUCUAAAAUGGUGAUUUUCCUGAGUCAAAAUGAGAGUACCCCUAAAGAUUUUUUAUUAUUAUUUAGAAAAACUGCACUGUCAACAUCACGUCAUAGCAUUUACACACUGGCUUCCACCAUCAGCAACCAGAAUCUUUCACACAACUGGGUCAGAAAGAGCAUUAUUUGGGCAAGACACAAUACCGGUAGUUUUUUUUACCACUAUUUAUAAUUUCUGAGCAAAUUAAAUUCCUUGAAAGUUUUAAAGCAGAGGUUAGAUGGCCAUCUGUCAAGGAUGCUUUAGCUGAGUUUCCUGCAUUGCAGGGGGCUGGACCCUAGGGGGUUCCUUACAAUUCUACAAUUCUAUAACCAUAAAUUAAAUCCAAUCAACAUCAGUCAGAAAACUGAGUAAAUGCGGAAAAACAAGAUUUCAUAUGGACAGAUCGCACAAUAAUAAGUCACAAACCAGUUUUCACGAAUCUGCCUACCAACUUUCCAAACAAAACUGGCAUUAAACAGGAAUCAAAUUGCCGCCUCCCGCAUUUCGGGAGUGCUCAGUCUCUUCCUCUAAUCGCAUAUGCAUGAACUGGAGGAAAUCCCUCCUCCUCGCCUUCCUCUCCGCCCUUCCGCCGCCGCGCAAACGCCAGCAUUUCCGGGCGCAUCUGCCGGAGCAAGACGCGCGUGCGUAAAGAUGGCUGCGCCCGAGCAGGCAUAUUCAAGUGAGGAGGAAACAGAACCUGAGCCUAGACCUCGAGACACCCCUGAAGACAUUUCCCUUGAGGCAGCAGCAAACACCAUUGCUUUUCACCCUUGCCGGGAUGUCCUGGCUGCUGGAGACGUGGAUGGUGAUGUCUAUUUAUAUUCAUAUUCCUGUUUGGAAGGUGGGAACAAGGAACUUUGGUCUUCAGGACAUCAUUUAAAAUCCUGCCGGGAAGUGUCCUUUUCCCAUGAUGGACAAAAGCUCUUUACGGUGUCCAAAGAUAAAUCCAUUCAUAUUCUAAGUGUGGAGGAAGGUCGUCUUGUGACAAGGUUCUCCAAGGCUCACAAUUCUGCUCUGAACAGUCUGCUGGUGAUAGAUGAGCACUUGUUUGCCACAGGAGAUGACCGCGGGGAAUUGAAAGUGUGGGAUCUGCGCAAAGGCACCUCCUUUAUGGAAAUGAAGCAGCACGAGGAGUAUAUCAGUGACAUGGCCGUCGAUGGGAACAAGAAACUGCUGCUCACCACCAGUGGAGAUGGAACUAUGGGAGUCUUCAACAUCAGGAGAAGGCGCUUCGAGCUGCUCUCAGAGCCUCAGAAUGGAGACCUGUCAGCCAUCGCUCUGAUGAAGAGAGGAAAGAAAGUGGCCUGUGGCUCCAGCGAGGGAACCAUUUACCUCUUCAACUGGGAUGGUUUUGGGGCUACCAGUGAUCGGUUUGCACUGAAGGCAGAGUCCAUUGACUGCAUGGUCCCUGUAACAGAGAGCAUUGUGUGUACAGGCUGCACUGACGGAGUCAUCAGGGCCGUGAACAUCUUGCCCAAUCGGGUGAUUGGCAGUGUUGGGCAGCAUGUUGGGGAGCCUAUUGAGCAGCUAGCCAAAUGCCAUAAUGGCCCAUUUCUGGCCAGCUGCGCCCAUGACCAGAAGGUGAAGUUCUGGGACAUCUCUUCGCUUAACUCGGUCAUUGUGGACGAUUACAGAAAGAAAAAGAAGAAAAGUGGGCAGCUGAAGUCUUUGAGUCUCAAGGCAUUUGGUACUGGGGAGGAUUUCUUUGCAGGCUUGAGAGAAGAGGAGGCAGCAGGGCCAAAGGAUGAAGACUCUAGUGGCACGGAAACGGAUAGUGACUAAAAUAUGUGCAUGGAUCAGAUAUGAGCAGCUCUCUCCCCUGAAGGGACCUUUAUAACCCAAGACUGUUUGAAACUGUCAAGUUUUUGCAGAGAUUUGGCUGAACAAACAGCAGGAUAUUGGGGGCAAAGGUGUGGGAGCCUAAUGAAACCCGUACUGCAGUCUUCUGUGUACUGCAAUCCAGUGAAACAAAUAUAUGCUUCCACAGCAUAGUCAUGAGAAAAACAUGGUCUGGCUGCUACAAAAGGGGAAGGUGUAGAUCUCAAGUUGCCCCAGGACAAAGCCUGUGCUUUCUGUUGGAAGAGGAGUGUAUCAUGGAAUGAAAAGGCUAGAAAACAGGAUUAAUACUAGUGAGGAGGAAAGCUGUUGGUCUUAUACUGGCACCCCCAAACUUCGGCCCUCCAGAUGUUUUGGACUACCGUACAAUUCCCAUCAUCCCUGACCACUGGUUCUGUUAGCUGGGGAUCAUGGGAGUUGUAGGCCAAAACAUCUGGAGGGCCGCAGUUUGGGGAUGCCUGGUCUUAUAUGUAUGUACUGGUUUAACUACUACUUUCAAAGGAGGGUAGCCAGACACAAAAAGGGGAUAGGGCUCCUGAACCUUCAAUACAGAAGGGGGACUCUCUGAAACACACAACAUGACACAACAGAAAUGUAUUUUGUGGAUUUUAUAUUGUAAAUAAAAUAAACAAAACCCAGCAUAACAUCAUCUAUCAGAUUUCAAAUGAUUCACACAAGGAUAUUGCAACACUUAUUUCUUUCAAAACAAUUUUAAUAUUCAAGUGCCUAUGUUAGCCAUUCACUAUUUUUGAUGCACAUUAAAAAGUCAAAAUUUUAA